UUUCAUAAGAAGUGAUUUAACGUUACAGUAAACCAGUGGCUCCUCCCUUCCUCCCCAAACACACACACAAUCUCUCUGUGUAUUAGAGCUUCUCUAAUUUUUGGUCAUUUCUUCCCUGAGACUCGAUUGAGGAACAUCACAUACUCACAGUAAAGUAAAGUAAAGGCACGGUAGUGAGGGGUUUCCCUAUGACGUCAUCCACCGUCGAAGCCCCGCCCCCUCCUGGUACAGCACACAGAAACUGGUGGUUCCCGUUUUCGUUCUCGGAUGCGCGCGCGAUACCGACUGUCUCUCUUCUGCUCGGUGGAAAUGCUUCGUGGUUAUCUGUGGCAGUGGCAACCCGAGGUCUUAGACAAUGCUCUGGUUCAAAGACAAAAUACUGUUACAGUCUGGAAUGAGAGUCUUUUUCUGAUCGUAUCCUCUUAACUGUCUUUGCUGGUGCGCAAAACUUCAGAACGUUCAAACAUCCUGUAAAAAGAAGACAGGAGCUGUUUUUAAGAUGUUCCUGUUAGUUGGCAUCUCAGUGCUACUGCUAGUAAGCGCAGAGAAAAGUCCUGUAGAAGUGUAUCUGCAAGGGAUUGUGGGUAGAAGCGUACAUAUGCGCUGUGUUCUGGACGACCCACGGGGUAUUGAAAGGGUUUACUUCCAGACGAAAGACAGCAACGAAAGUGUGGUCUUUGUCAACGGGUUUUACGACAAAAGAGAGCUUCAUGCGAGACCUGAGUACAAAAAUCGCACCAUCGUCAACAGAUCACAAAUCAGCAUGGAACUGCUCAACCUCACCCCGGACGACGAGGGAGAUUACGAGUGUAUCCCCUGGACCAUUAACGCAGAGGAAAAAAAUAAAACCAAAUUUCAUCUUACAGUUACAGCUAACUACAGCGUUCCCAACAUAACUGUCCAGGGUUGUGGAAUUUACCCAGGUGCCCAUAACUGCGUGAUUACUUGCUCCUCAUCAGGAGGAUUCCCCAAAAGCAAUGUUACCUGGAAUGUGGCUAGAGGCAACAUGAGGAGUCUUCUGAGGGAGGAAGGAGAACUCGUAUUAAAGCAAGACAAAUAUUUAAAAGUUUGGAACGUGUCUCAGUUUGUUGGGCUUAACUGCAGCCGACUGCUUAACAUAUCCUGCUCUGUUGGAGGAGUUGUGUCACAGGCCGUCAGUGUGUGUCUACCUGUGCAUGUCAUCGAUAUUACAACAGUCGCUUGUGCAGUGCUGUUACUGGUGUCCUUUGUAAUUGUGAUUAUUGUCGUCAUAAAGAGGAGAACAACACACAGAAUACCCUCAGAAGAUGGCGCAAUAGAUGCUGAGCUUGCAAGUUUAAAGUCAGGCUGGAUGAACACGGCAAAACACACACUUUCUGAAAACUUGAACUGAAGGUCCGUGUGUGUGUCUGUGUGUGUGUUUGUGUGUUUGGUGAGCAGAUGAAGGCGUGGAUGGGCCGACCAAACGUCUACACACACUCUCCAGCUAACGGACAAGUGCAAUUUAAAGCCAGACUGUGGCUACUUGAAAAGACAACCGCAGUACAACUCUUAAAUUUUUUUUUUUUUUUUUUUUUUUAGUUUUUGGAAAAAUGUUUUUCUUUUUAAAAACUUUUUUUAAUGAAAUGUGAGAUUUCAUAUUCGAUAUGAUGAUAUAUUAUAAGACUGACAAUGUUAGCGUGCACGAUUCAGGCCGUGGCGGAUCGAUUAGCUUUACAGUAAAAUAACGUUCGUGUAGAUUAGCUUAACACUCGUCCAGUAUAGAAUUGAUCUUGGAUGACUUAUGAGAUGCCAUUAUCUACAUGGAGAUAUAAUCACUUAACAUAUUGGCUUGCUAGCUAGCUAGCUUCUGUUGAAACACAGUGCAAACAUAGUUUAACAGGAAAUCAAUUCAAGACAGACAUAGUAUUAGGUUGUAUUUCGUUCUUAACCUUAAAGGGAUGGUUUAAAGUCCACAAGAUUUAUUCCUGUGAUUACUUUUAAACCAUGUACACUCUGUGAGAUGUAGUGCACUAUUUAAACCGUAAUAUACCUCUCAGAAUAAAGAGCGCGACACCGGACACUGCUAGACCUACGGCUGUUCGAUUCCAGAGUCGACUCAGUUUGGGAAUCGUCGGAAUCGAUUCGACGAGUCGAUUCCUUAUAAAAGUUUCCUCUAUUCCAGAAACCGAAACAAAGGAGAAAAGUUAGCCAUCAGAAUUUGCAGUGCGAUUAUUAAUUAAGUGCACGAUACAGCUACAGACUGCCAUGAAACGUAUACUACUGAACAGUGUUUUGCUAAUUAGUGCAAAAAUGUAUCUCUUCCACGUCGAAUCUGACGUUCGGAAAAAUAAUCGCCGAUGUUUUAGCACUAAAUAGUUCAACUCUGGAUAUUAAUUAGAUAGCUACUUAAAGUGGCUACAUUGUUUUCUAAUAUUUUGGCAUUUGUGGCACAAAAACCGACAGCUUCAUUCAGCUGGCAAUCAAAUUAGAGAGCAAAUGUCGCAAGCUAGCUAAAGUGUUGUUAAUUUGAUUAACUUCCACAGCCGCUUUGGCUGGGAGUUGUGGUUUAAUCGUUUGUUUGUUUUAGUUUUAAUAACGUAUGUUAAAUGUCGGACGUGUGUUGUGAAGGCACGUAGUGUGUGCCAGCUACAUCACGUCACUGUGUGGAAACAAGUCCUGUGCUUCGGAUUAGCAACAGAACCCCGUGAGUGUUCCAGAACACUGAACAAUUUUUGCUCUACUACUUUUAAAUGCAUUUUACUGUUCAACUAAGAAUCAUUCUGUGAUCAUUCAUUAUACUGUUGAAUCAUUCGCUAGCUAGCAUAACUAGAACGGUCUACACGUCGAUACGUUCACAGUGUAGGCGUGGCUAAUGCUAGCACUUUCCUAACGCUAGUUCUCACAGUUUUUAUUCACUUUAAGGAAAGUUCUCUAGAUUUUUUUUAUUAUUGCCACGCACUACACGUACGUGUACUCGUAUGUGUACAUAUAUAUAUAUAUAUAUAAUGGAGAUGCAUGGGAGUCUGUUCUAAUGUUCUCCAUCAAUUUACUUUAAGAACAAAAGAGCAUCUCUUCAGUGUGGACAAAAAACACAGUGCUUGUAUACAGGAAGCCUUACCAUGUUUCUGAACGUUCUGAUGUAUCAUUUUGUAAAUGACAUUUGUUCAUUUAUGGCAAUUGUAUUUAUAUCAAUAAAAAUAUUCGUUUUUUUUUUUAAA